GAGAGAGAGAGAGAGAGAGAGAGAAUGGAUUUGGACUCGGUGAAGAGGUUUUUGGAGAAAGGAAGCCCCAAUGAUUCAUCAGUCAUCGAUUCCAUGCCUUACCGAUUUUUUGAGCCCUUCGUAAUUCAAGGCUUAAAGGUCGAUCUCAUCGAACCCGGACAUAUUAUCUGCUCCAUGAAAAUACCCACUCGUUUACUGAAUUCUGGGAAUUCAUUGCAUGGCGGGGCAACGGCAAUGCUGGUGGACGUGGUGGGUUCGGCUGUCAUUUACACUGUUGGAGCUCCGAUGACCGGAGUUUCAGUUGAGAUCAAUGUCUCAUACAUGGAUGCUGCUUACGCUGGAGAGGAAAUUGAGAUAGAGUCCAAGGCAUUACGAAUCGGAAAGGCUAUUGCUGUUGUCAGCGUGGAGCUGAGGAAGAGAAAGACGGGGAAAAUAAUUGCUCAAGGGCGUCAUACAAAGUAUUUGGCUGUUUCUAGUAAGCUGUGAACAACCUAUUGUUGUGUUGCAUACGGCGAAGUGUUCAUUGGGAUUACCUUUGCACUAGCAGUUCCUUAUUCAAAACAUGAUGAGGUUCUCUGUGUAGGUAACAAUGUUUUCUUUUUCUUUUUUGGAAAGAUGUAAUAAUGUUUUCUACAUCUGGAUUACCCACCAAGCGCAAGAAUGCAUGUGAAAAAACUGUGGUAUGGUUUGCUACAUAAACGUAGCACUUUUAUUGUUUGUGAUGAAGCAGAACUGUGCCUAUCGUAUGUGAUAUAUAUACUAGUUAUUUCUCGUGCCUGGAGGCACAGAGUAAUAAAA